AUGUCGCGCAUAUACGGAGGUGUCCCGGGUCGUGUGCCCAGUCCGAAUCCUAAUCCGAUUGGUCUGCCGCCUCAGGCAGCCUCCCCAAUGUAUCGCAGCGCGUCCCCGCAACCUCAGCCCAUGGGCGUCAAUCCCAACCAGAUCUCGCCCGACACCAUCACCUAUACCACGUCCUACGGUCCAGAUGGCCAGAUUGUAUACCAUCCGUUCCGCGCCGUCCCAGUCAACUAUCAGACCCCCCAAGGUAUCGUCGCAGGAACGCAGUGGGUUCCCGCGGAGGCCACUACUAUCUUGCCAGCAGGCGCACAACCGGCCAAUCCAGAUUUCUCGCAAAAUUGGGCCAAGAAGACGUUUGGCCAUGACGACAGAGCCUUGCGUGAAUGGCAACGUGCAGAGGAGAAGCGCCGGCGCAAGGAGGAAAAGCACGCGGCUAAGCGCCUGGAGCGUGCCGACCGCGACCGCCGCGAGCGAGAGCGCGAGGAGAAGGAAGCUCGUCGCGCCGAGCGCGAUGCGCGUAUGUACGGAGGCCAAGGAGCUCCCGGCGGGAUGUCUCCUGCCGGCGGCUAUAUGCCGUCUCCUGCCGCGGGAUACAGCCCUUACACUCCCGUGAAUGAGCUGGCCGGCCAGAUGAACACAGUCAACCUAGGCGGCGGUAAUCGAGGCAGCCUCUACGGUGACCCGACCGGUGGUAUGCCGAGAUCUCCGAUCGCAUCGUACACCAGCCCGCCCACUGUGGGUCAUGCUCCGCCUUCUCCGUAUCGAGGCGGCGGUGCACUUCCUGGUCGCUCUGCGUCUCCGAUUCCGCCGUCCGGCAUCUCGGUAGCCCCGAUGUCAGGUGGUGGCCUGCCCGGUGGUUCCCCAUACGGAGCCGCACCUGGAUCGAACAUGUAUGGUGCCCAGGGUACGAACGCGUAUGGCGCUCCUCAGACAAACGCUUACGGCGCUCCGACUGUCCCUGGGUCGAACCCGUACGGCGCGGCCCCCGCUCCCGGAACAGGUCCUUACGGACCUCACUCUCGUGCACCAUCACCUCAGCCGGCUCCCUACGGGCCACCUCGCUCUCGCGCUGCGUCACCUCAGCCCGGCUACGGUGGUCAACCUGGCUACGGUGCCCAGCCCGGUUACGGCGGCCAGCCUGGUUACGCUGGACAAGGCGCGCUUACACGCCCUGGCGGGUCGCCCAUGCCUGUCAACGCGGCGUUGGCCAACGAUCAAAGCCUGCUUCAACCGCCGGAUGGCUUCGCGCGUCCGCCCAAUCUUGCGCUCAGUUAUACCUGGUUCGACCUCAUGAAGAUUCAGCACAUGGAUGACUUCUACGAGAGCCUGCCGCGCAUGCCUCUUGUUCUCGUUCCUCACGAUGUUUAUCAUGAGGACUGGAUCCGCUUCAUGACCGAUCUUGCGCUUGCUUGGGCCGGUAAACUGCCGUCGGCAGGUACGACGAAGGGCUCGACACUUUCGAUGGAGCUCAUCGACCUCUGGAACACCGCGUUCUUCCAUCAGCGCGGUGUCGAUAUCAUCCUCUUCCGUGGCCGUGAACGUCGCACCGGCAAACAUGCCGGCCAGAUUGAGUCCGCGCUGCCCGGCCAUGACGACUCGGACGACGAUACGGACGACUCGAGCGACUCGCUCUCGGACGACUCUGACUUGUCCGACUCUGACGGCGACUAUCGCCCUCAGCAAGCUGGGUACUAUGGCCGCCCCGAGGAUGCGUACCAAGCGGAGAUGCGCGAUGCGAAGCGCCGCGCGAAGGAGAAGAAGGUGGAGAAGAGGCGCAAGCACAAGGAGAAGAAGGCGCGCCGCAAGGCCAAGGAACGCGAGCGUCGUUACUCCCUCUACAUUGCCUGCCUCACGGCUUCGGACGGUUGA